AAACACUACUCGUCUGCAUUUUUCUACUCACGUUGGGCCUACUAUUGUUGUAAUGCACUUGAAGUAGACCUAUAUGUAUAUUCGGAAGAAUCAUCGCUUCUGAAAACAGCAGCAGACAAGUAAGUUGUUUGUGGUGACAUGAGGCUAUAGUCGGAGAGUACAAUGUAACUCUUGUUUAUCCGGCUUGACAGGGAAGGGAAUCCUACACAUGAUCGAGGUAUAGUGUCAAACUCAACAUCUAAUACGAACCAAGAAGGCAAUCGUUUACGAAUGUAGAAUUUUAAUGGAUAAACUUUAUUCAAGUUCCGCCAUUUAAUAGUGUGAGAUAAUUAUCUGAACACUUGGCUGAAAUAUGCAGGCAAUAGCCUACAAUAUAGAAAACAUACAUAUAGACAGACUACAGUUUAUUAUAGACUACUGGUGUGGGUCACGUGCUAUUAUUAUUUCUGCUAGCCUAACUAGUAGGCCUACAUAUUAAAUAUGAGGGCCAAAAAGUGUAACAGUUGUGAUUUUAUGAGGGGUACAAUUGCUAUUGAGAAAUGCAACUGUGUGUGUGUGUAGGUGUGUGUGUGUGUGCGCGUGUGUGUGUACCAGGAUGCUGAUAUCCUCUUGCGAAAGGACUCCCACUGAUCAAACUGUAAUAAUAGAAAUAGCUCCACCCUUUAACAGCUCUCUGAGCAGUUGCCACACCUUCUUCAUACUUUAUAAAUCUUCACUUACAACAACAUAGAUAUGAGUUUCAAACACUUCAAUAGCAAAGAGUUGUAAUAUUGACAGUGCAAUAAGAGAAGUACACAAAAGUGAACUGAAUUUAUAAAUAUUUUGUAAUACUUCUAACUGCUGUUUUGUUUCUUCUAGGACAUGGAUGUAGAGAAUGGAGAGCUGUUUUUCGGACACAAGGAGGAGGACAGUAUGACAGAGGAGAGUUGGGGACUGGAAGGGCCAUUUUCUUGCUCUGAUGUCAUCUAUGCUGGCUCUGAAAAACCCCUGGAUGAAUGCACGGUAGACCCCCAAAGUGUGCGGAUGGUUUCCCAUUAUGACUAGUUGUACAAUAUAGUGAGCCAAGUUGUAAAGACCUGGGGCUAUAUUUACUCAACUUUAUUUAUUAACACAUUAUUAACAUGUAAUAAUGUAUUAUACUUAUUUGCUUAAAGUAUUACCAAAUUUCUCUCCAUAUGUUACAGGGUCUAAACGAUAGCGAGCCAGAGGAUGUGCUUUAUGCCAUCAACCCAAAUGACGUCUUCCCUACCAGAGCCCCAGUGGAGACCUCCUCAGAGAGCGACAGUGGCAUCUCCGAGGAACCCUGCUCCGAGAGCCCCCUUGCUGCCACAGUGGACCCCUCUCAGGCCCCUGCAACUAUCUAUCAGGUGGUCUAUGACAUCAGCACCCUGGCCAACAUCAAGACGGAGCCAGAGCAGCAUAGUGUCGAUGUCAUUUCCAUAGAACUGGGUGAGUGUGUGUGUGUUUGUGUGUGUGUACACUAGCACGCGCAUCUGCGUAUGUGAGUCCAUGUGUGUUGGGUGGGAGUUUACUCUCUUUUCCUAUGUCUUCUGCUACAGAUGAGUGGAGUUCUCAGAUGUUGAUCUCGGAGUCCUGUGUCGUCAACGAGUUACCCCUAGUAUCUGCUGGGAGAUUUGACCAUGGUCACCUUUCUACCCCCUCAGCUUCCACCUCCAGCCCCACCAGUCCAGACAGCCCGCUGGUGAGACUUAAAAGGGGCACAUUUACUCUAAAAUCAGCGUUUGUCAGAUAUUUUCACACCACAAAAGUGGUCUAAUGUCAAGAUGAGUCCAUAUUCAAUGGCAUCUGUUGUGAAGAUCCCGCCAUGUGCAUUAGGAGAAAGCUGCAGGGCUCAAUCCCAAAUGAAUAGGGAAUGUUUUUACCAUCUAAUUAGAUGUAAUUACACAGUGACAAUCUUUCCCGCUUAUUUAUAAUUGAGGCCUGCAAAUGUAUUGUAAAGAUGUGGUGAAAUCCACAAGCCUCAAUCCCUAAUGAAUGGGGAAGAUAGGCACAAUAAGAAGAUAGUGGGGGAGGGGGAUUGUUAGUCUGAGACCCCAGGUGUUUGUUCAAGUGUCUCUUUUUGGGAUUAUGGCGGUGUGGAUUAUAAACACAAUGUCCUCUUCUCCUGAUCAGCUUUACCCCGAUCUCACGCUGACUGAAGAGGAGCAGAAACUGCUGAACCAAGAGGGGAUCUCUCUGCCCAACAACCUGCCCCUCACCAAGGUCAGACACACGCACGGUAGAUGGUACACUAUUCUAUGUACCCCAAAGUCAUUACUUCCCUGCAUGCCCUUGGAUUACAUUACUUUUACAUGACAACUUUGACAUCACAAAUGACUUCGUUGUAUAUUUUAUAUGAUUUCAGUGAAAUUGACUGAAAUUGUUUAGCUCUGAGUUUAAUUGCAUCUAAAUGUAUUGGACUGAAUUCCCUUCUAGGCCGAGGAACGGAUUCUGAAAAAAGUGAGACGCAAAAUACGCAACAAACAGUCAGCCCAGGACAGCCGUCGCAGGAAGAAAGACUAUGUAGACGGGCUGGAGAGCAGGUUAGGCCUGAGGCUUCUAUUAGGCUCCAUGAAAAUUGGACCCACCAUAUAGUCCAUGGUGGAUAACCUCUAUAAACAAGUCACUUGCAUUUCCUUACCAUUUUCACUUGUGGUAGAACAGCGAGGCAUUUGCAGUAGGAAGUCCUCACAAUGUGUCCUUCUGUUGUAUUCUGCCACUGAGUUAUUGUUGACUCUCCCCAAUUGGGCGACACUGUCGGACAGUAGGAAUGCUUUUCUGUCAGUGACCCUAGGUAUUGUCUGUGUCUCAGGGCAGCGGCUUGCUCAGCCCAAAACAAAGAGCUGCAGAGGACCGUGGAACAGCUGGAGAAACACAACAUGUAAGUCAAUUGGCUAACAUCACCUUUUUGCACUGAUGAUGCUCAAUGAUGAUGUUCGUGUCUUGUUUGUUCUGGUGUUUUUAUAAUAUCUCCAUGCACAGGUCUCUCCUGGCUCAGCUGCGCAGACUACAGUCUCUGAUCAAGCAGACGGUCACUAAAGCAGCACAGACCAGCACCUGCGUCAUGGUGAGAUCAACAUGUCUUUCCUCCAUGCCUUUGGAUACUUUCAGGGUGAUCUUUAAAAAAGUGAAUUGAACGUGUGUGUGUUUUUUCCCAACAGAUUAUCAUCUUCUCUCUGGGCCUCAUCAUCUUCCCAAGUUACAGCCCCUUCCACUGGGGCGCCACAUCCAUAGAAGAGGACUAUACACCAAAAGGGGGUUAGUUAUCCAUUUAGGAAUUAAUAAUAGAUUUUUCUUAUGAAAACGAUGAAAGUUAAAUAGCCUUCCCUCUUCUUUACCGUUUCAGUUAUCUCCAGAAACAUCCUCACAGAUCCUGCUUCAUCUUUGCAAGCUGCUGAGGAUGUGGACAACCAUAUCAUUCAGCCUGAGUCCCUACCCGUUUCCCGUGACCUCAGUCAAUCAGAUCCCCCGGAUGCUUCCAAAAUACUAAAGCAACCAAUAGAAAGUCCCGAAAUCACUGACAUUGAGGGUGUGGCCCUAGAGGAGAGCCAACCAGGGAACAGCUCGACUCUGGUUGACGGGCAGACUGAACCCCUGGCCCUGGGCCUGGUGUCAGCAACAGGAAAAGGGAGCACAAGCCUUGACCCCACCAAACCAACCCACGCUGAUGAGAUGUAGACAGUGUUGAUGAACUAGUUUGACUACAUUCCAUUUGCUUUAUUGUGCUCUUCAAAGCUUCUUGCAUUCGUUAUGGACAAGUCCAAUAUGCUGCCCCAUUACCACAUUGGUUUUCAACCAGACCCCUUUGGGUGCCUUAAAUGCCUAACCAUGGCCUUACUCUUUUUUGGUGCUGUGGUGCAAGCAAGGUUUAAUCUGGGAUUCGGUGGAAUGGUCCUCAAAAUGGGUUACAUUUUUUUGACUGUUUUGACUUUUCUAUUUAAGUACCACUUCUUAAUGUUUGUAUGGUAAAGGUUUUAGUACAUUUCCAACUUUGAACUCUGAGGAGUUAGUUAGCACAUCCUGUGGGAAGGAUGAAGGUUGUUAGAUUGUAGCUGGAAAAACACCACAGAUAUUAAUAUAUUGUUUUGGCUAUGCAUACUUUAAGCAGUUCUUGGUGUACAACACACACACACACUCAUUGAAAGUGAGCCUACACCGAUGGAUUAUGUUCUGGACUAACUACCUACUCGUGUGUAGAGUAACAUGUUUGUGAAACUGCCUAGCUAGUUUCUGACUGGCAUCUGUGCUCAAUGUAGUUUGCAGCUCUCAUAACUGAAUGCUGAGAGACUCAUUUUGCACUGUAAGCAAACUGUCCUUUGGCCCUCAUUCGGUUAAGAGAUAAACAGUGUGUACAAUCCAAACAUGUCCUUAUCUUAAGCAUGACAUUGUGGUCCAAAUGUAUACUCUUCACAUAACUUGCUAUCCUAAUUUUAGUGGUUGCUGGUGUCCUAUUUUAUGUGCUUUACUUUAUAUUUAUUAAAUGGGAACAAUACUGUUUUUGCUUUAUAGUAAUUAUAUAGCCUACCUGAAGUUUGACUAUUCAGAGCAUUGAAGAAAUCCAUGAAAAAAUGUAGUGGGUCAUGUAGUCCACAGCAGUAAAAACUGGUGAUAUUCUUCCCUGUGUUUUGCAAGCCCUCAAUACAGUAUGUGGAAACUCUCAAAUACUUUUGGC